AUGGGGGACGAUCCGGGGAGGCUUUAUCAUUUGGAUGGAGUUGCUCAUAUCGCCGGUGUGAUCAACGACGAGCCUCGUCGUUGCAUAUCCAGCGUUAGGCGGCAGCAGGGGAUGCGUCUUGAUGAGAGGUACGUUCCGUACUUGCAGAUGGCCGGAUUGUACCAUCUUGCGAGACUGAACGACAGAUGGUUCCGACUAGACGAGCCCCUAGUCAGUGCAUUUGUCGAGAGGUGGCGGCCUGAGACGCACACCUUCCACAUGCCGUUCGGAGAGUGCACCAUCACGCUUCAGGACGUCGCAUACCAUCUGGGGUUGCCAGUGGACGGAGAUUACGUCAGUGGUUGCCUGACAGACUUCCACCUUUACAUUGAGGGUGGGAGGCCAGCUUGGUAGUGAUU